UAAUCUUGACAGCUGACCCCGUCCAUCAUACGAUUUAUUUAUCGUAUUUUAACGAAAAUAUUUCUAGUUUUUGUAACAAAAAAGAGCUCCUAACACAUUAUGUGGCUGCAUAACGUAUAGGAGUUUAAUAAGGGUAUAAGAAAUAUUGUGAAAUGGUUUCAAGUUGAAAUCUGUUGGAUCACUGUAUAUAAAAUGGGGUCUAUGCGCCCAAAUGGAAGAUUUCUCUCUUUCACCAAUAAUAUCCAGAGAACACAGAAGCAAACUGUGCCUAGUGGAUUCCCCCAAAGUUUAUCGGGUAGUGAGACGGAUGUAUCUACGUCCAAUGAGAAUCUGUCCAGAGAAGAGCGCUAUGUGGUCCGACACACGGCCCGAGUGGAGCCUCAGGGUCAGGAGAAUCAGAGCCCUAGUGGUAAUAACAACAAUAGGAACUCUCUUAAGGAGGGUGUCCCGGGCAGCAACCGUAACUCAUUGAAGGAGUCGGUGGGAGGUGGUAACAGCAACCGGAGCUCGCUAGAUGUCUCCUCCUCUUCGUACAACACUCUGAUUAUACAUAACCAGGAUGACUCGUGGCCGCCCAGGCCUACGCCUAUUCGCGAACAUGAACGAACCAGUAGCGAGGUAAAGCACUCUACAACUCAGUCGUCACCGUUCCACACGCUAAAGAAGAGUGACGGCAAAAAGCCCAGUGGAAUCCCACUUCCCAAAGUUCACAAGGAGCAAGCAAUCACCACUACUGCUAAUUAUAUCGAUAUUGGUGGCCAGAGGAUCUAUACUAGUCCACCUGACCAUGGAGUUCAGGAGAUAACCGAGAUCCCCGACGACUUCCUCAACCAGUCAUCAGUUCUGAAACACCUGGCGAAGGAGGUGGCGCAAUCCCCCAGCCCCCGGGGCGCCACCCCGCCGGCGGCCAGGGCUCCCUCGCAGGACCGCAAGCCCAAGAGCAAGGGAUCUAAAGCCAAACUUAGCAAAGAGAAGUUGAAUUUGUCGAGGUCUCAACCGGAUUUGACCAGCGUGGGGGUCCGCGCCGUGCCAGGUGGCUCCGAGUCUAGUGGCUGGUGCAGCGGCGGCGAGGGUUCCUUGGAGGAACCCGACGACGCCUUCGCGGCAGUACUGGACGCUCUAGCUGCUGAGAACCAUCAGUUGAAGAGACAGCUGGCCGAUGCUUGUGAGAGAGUUGCUAAGACUAGCAAGUUGGAGGAGGAAGUGGAGAAGGUCCGCACAGCGCACGAGGAGCUGGUCAGCUCGUGUGAGCGGCGCGAGCGGCUGGAGAGGGCGGCGCGGGUGAGGCUGCAGGCCGACUGCCGCCGCCUGCACGACCUCAACCGAGCACUCAAACAACAGGUGGAGGUGGUGUCGGCGGGCGCACGCGCGGACGGCGAGGCGGGCGCGGAGGCACUGCGCAAGGAGCUGCAGGGCCGCGAGAUGCUCAUUGCGCAGCUCAUCACGCAGAAUAAAGAGCUGGCGUGCGCCAAGGAGCGGCAGGAGAUAGAGAUGGCAGCACAGCGCGCCACGUUGCAGGAACAACGCACACACAUCGACAUCCUGGAUACUGCGCUCACCAAUGCGCAGGCCAACGUCGUUAGACUCGAGGAAGAGUGUCGUCAUGCCUCGGGCUACGUGGAGCGCGUGAUGGGGCUCCAGCGAGCGCUGGCCUCGCUGCAGCAAGCCUCGGACCGCCGCGAGCACACCGAGCGGAAACUGCGCGCGCAGCUCGAGAAGGAGUUGCAGACACUCAGAAAACGUGAGUGCAACUGCGGAUCAAACGCUGUGAACACAGCGGGCGGCGAGGCGGAGCUUCGAAGACAACUGCGGGAGAGAGACGAGCGACUGCUGGCCUUGGAGGGGGAGUGCGCCAAGUGGGAGCAGCGGUACCUAGAGGAGGCCGCCCUGAGGCAGGCUGCCGUGUCUGCCGCCUCUAUACCAAAGGACGCGAAGAUAGCAGCUCUAGAGAAGACCUCAGCGGAUGCGGAGCGUCUUAUGGCCGAGGCUCGCAACGAGAAGAUACGACAUAUGGAUGAGCUGCACUCCGCGCAGAAGAAGCUGGCUGACCUCGAGAGCAGGGUUAAAGAGUUGGAAUCCAAAGUAGCUGAGCGGGAUGCUAUGAUCAAGGUGCUCCAGAAACACACAAGUGCUGCCUACGACAGCGGCGCGUCACUACGGAACAACUCCAGCCGAGAGGAACUCGUGGGCCUGUCGUCGGGCGCGUCGUUCUCGAGCGCGGAGGGCGUGGGCGGCGCCGGCGUGGCGGGCCGCUACCGCCACCUGGCGCGGCGGAACUACUCGCCGCACAACGACAACUCCAGCGGUUGUGGUUUCGACAGCACGUCGCUCCGGCUCGACGAGCAGCUGGCGGCGCUCGACGCGCGGCUGGAGCGCCCGCCCGUGCCCGCCCGUGGCUUAUGCUGCUUCCCGGGUCUCGGCGGGGUGGGGGCACGGGGCGGCGGGCGCGGUGAGGAGGCUCUGCUUCUGGAGCGCCAAGGCCGCGCCUCGCAGCAGACCAGGUCGUCAAGCCUGCCGCCGCCGCCGUCCGCACUGCCGCGUCCGCCGAGGAAACCCUCCGCGAGGACUACUAGAUACGAUCGGCUGGAGCAUAGGGAUAAUAGGAAGGACUCGGAUGGCUCAAUAGCAUCGACAGCAUCACGCAGCUCCCCUCUACCCUACGACGCAGUCCGGAAGCUACCGUCAGUGCCAACGUCGGCGUCCCUGCCGGCAGCGGAGUCCAGGGAAUCCCUCGUCAGGCCCAGGGACUCUAGCCUGCCUUCGCCGUCCAAGCUAGCGGUCUACGCGGCUGCCAGGCGACGCUCUGCCGAGUCCGCUAAGGAUAACAAACGAGGGCACCACUACCGCAUACAGUUUUAAUGAGCUUCUCUCGUGUGGGUUUGAGAACCUGGUGUCAGGGUUAUUACUGAGCCGCCAAACGCCCCUGACACCUCUUAUAUCAUUGGGUAUUUACUUAAGUAACUAGGCGGGACAAACGGCGUUACGUGACUUCCGAAACACGAAACUUAUCUUACAUUCAGACAAUCGGAUGAUUCAGCCUGCCAUGUCCUAUUCUUACUAAACAAAGAUCAGUUUUACGAAGGUAUUUUUGACAUGACGCCGGGUAGAUGUCUUUCUACCGCGGCAACGACGAUACAUGCCCAUCGGCCAGAACUCCUCCUGCAUCAAGGUGCAAUUUGACUUGGCUAGGGCAAACUGCAAGGUCAGCAGUUUCAUAUCUUGCUACGUCUUUGGCCUCUUAUUGGUGCUGAUUCCGGUACACACCAUCUAAGUUUAUUUAAAGUUAUUGCUGUCAUUUUCUUAUCCGCCGAAAAGGAAAGGGUAAUCGACAGGCAUUUUCAUGGAACACACGUGAAUUUUAGGCAGGAAUAUAAAAAACCCUUACAAAAAUUUUAUAUUAACCAAUAACACGACAGAAUUAAGUUGACAGCAGACGUUAAACGGAUUCUCGCCUGGGUUAUUCUUUCAUACUAACAUUAACAAUUGUCAAUCAUCCGUCCCAUUCUUUAGGCGGAUUUGAAAAUUACGGGUGUAACUUAAAAUAAAAUUAGGUGUUUGCAGGAAUGGGGGCCAUUAUUACGAUACUGAAUUACGAUUUGACGAUUCUCAACGUGGAUAUGAAUAUAACUAGUAGACUUAUUUUCGAAUCUAUGUUUUAUUAAAACUACUUAUUAACUUACACGUUGCAUCGCGUAGCUAAUGAAGAAGUUAAAGUUCAGAGUUAGAACUUAAUCAAUAUUGAUAAAAAUAGAAUUACCUUUCACGCUGCAGGAUUUUAUAGUUUAGGUAUAAAGCACCUAUUAAAAUUUGAAUCAAAUAAAAUUCGAAAUUCGAUUUUUUUUAAUUCGAUUUAAAUUUCGAAUGGGUACAAAUAAUUUAAUUUAUUUUAUUUAACAAAUUUAUUUAAAUUUGGAUGUGCUUUUAACCGUUGAAGGAACAUAGUUACAAAUUCGAAACAUUCGAAAAAAUCGACAGCGAAUAAAAAACUUUAUGAAUAAUACGAAACUUUCUGAUAUUCGGGAUCAGAAGCAGAGAUGAUACAUUUUUAAUUUUACGUAGAGUAAGUCGUUUAAAUACUCAUAAAAAUUGUGUUGUGAAUGUGAGCCAGUGGCAAAUUGGUCUAGUCGUGUUGAGAUUAGAGGGUUAAAAGGCCACAUCGAAGCAAUUCAUCUAAAAAAGCAAUAUUGCUAUUUGACAUUUGUUUGCAUUGCGCACUUACUUUUAUAUGCGUAAAUGUCAAAUUACAAUAUUUCUUUUUUAGAUGAAUUCCUUCGAUGUGGCCGUGUUAACCGCCCUGAUUUCUUAAAUUGUUAAUUAAUUAGUAGGUUUUCAUAUUAACGUGUGUGUGUUCGAAUGUUUGUAUAAUCAUAAGCUAACAUUGUUGGAACGUAAGUGGCGGUUGUGAUGUGAGACAAUGUGAGUUGUGGAGCGAGGAAGUCGGCGAAUAUGGAAUUUGGUGAGUUUAAAAACAAAAAGUGGAAAAAACCGCCAUAUUUAGUCAGAGGCGACGCGAUGCACUAACAUGCGUGAUAAAACUUUGUUUAUUUUAUCGAUUCUGACGAUAUAAUUAUGUCGUUUUGUCAAAAUAUGAACAAAAUCACGUGCCAUGCAUGUUAGGGAAAAAAAAACUUACCGAUUUCGAUAAAAUUUAUUUAAACGGUCGAUAAUUUUAUGUUAGCUCUGCAGUUCGAAUUUGGUUGCACGCAGUCACACAGAAAUCGCGGGGCGUCGUUGGAGGCAUGUAUGUAGAUUGUAGACGCAUACAAAGUCCUGCUUUCGGGUCCGAAACGCUCCGGGCACCGCCUCUGUGUGUAUUAAGAUUUAGUAUCACCGUAUAAUUUAUAAGGUUAUUUAAAAUCUGUCACAUAAUAUAUUAAACGGUUCCAAGAAGUUUGAUUACAAAUGGCUUGAUUUAAAUAAUGACCAUUCAAAGUUUAUUCUCCUUUCCGUUACCCGCCGACUUUGCAGCUCAACAACUGAGUCGAUUGAUUAUAUUUAUAUAUCAUUUACUAAAUCGCGUGCUCACUGAAUGAGUUGAUAAUUAUGUUUUAAGACCAUAAUUACGCAAUACCUAAACAAUUUUGAUCGAAAAUACCUUUUCUUAAUGUAGCUCCACUUAGGUAUUGCGAUUAUUUAAGCAAAUUAUGUUUAUAUGUUGUGAUUUGUAUACAGUUUUAUGAAGGCCGCUGUCUUCACGCUGGUCAGAUCAGAUGUAACGCUGUACUAUGCUACACUACGCUGUGCUGUUACUAUGGCCAUAAAGUUUUAAUUUCCAAGUUUGGACUGCCUUUCUGGCGGUGACUGCAGUCGCGUUGGACUUUUGUUAUUGCGCGCGUCAAAUUUUUUCCACCCCUUUUUCGUCCCUUCUAUGGAUGAUUUUCUGGAUGAAAACCAUCCCUAUAUCUCAAACUAUCUUCAUUUUCCAUAGCAAACAUCGAUUUAGCAUGAAAAUCAUGCGACUCUUGUCUAUAUUAAUAUAUUAUGUAUAGACACAGUUCCAUGUGUUUCGCCUUUUUGAUACUUAUUAUGGCCAAUAGUAACAUUCUUGUGUCUCUGUUCAUGCCGUAAAGUCCUCUAGCGUGAAGACAGUGCACACAGUUCAGUAAUAACAAAGACUUCAAAGAAAAUCAGUUGUAUGCGGUAACCGGAACUAACAAUUGUUAGUUUUUAAUUACCGAAAAAGAAUGCGAGGAAUGCCAUUGUGUUCAAGUUCAGUUAGUGAAUGAUACGAUUGUUGCAUUUAGUAUGAUACAGGAGAAAAUGUACUCAUUCAUAAUUUUCAACAACUUUAUGAAGGAAUCUUUGGGAAGUGAACUUGACAACCUAGCCAAAUGAGAUACUUUUCACAUUAACGUCAAAACAAAAGUUUUCUUUGGAGUUUGUAUGGAAAUACUGUCCUUUGACGUCAUCAAUAAAAACAUCAUGCUCACAUCAUCAGCCCAUUAACGUCCCCACUGCUGGGACACGGGCCUUCCCUAUGGAUGGAUAGGGAGAUCGAGCCUUAAACCAUCACGCGGGCCCAGAGCGGAUUGAUGGUUAUUAACGACUGCUAAUGCAGCACGGAGGAGCUCGAGAUGAACACUUUUUUUUGUGGUCACCCAUCUUAUGACCGGCCUUUGCAAAAGUUGCUUAACUUUAACAAUCGCAGACCGAGCGCGUUUACCGCUGCGCCACCGAGCUCCUCCAAUAAAAACAUCGUGCUCGAAAAUAAGUCGAAAAGUAAAAUGAGAUUGAUUUUUAGGGUGGUAUUAAUAAACUAAUCUCAGCUGAGACUGCCCUCAAGAUUUGACUAGGUUGCCAAGUAGCCCAUUCUUCAUAAAGUUAUUGACGUUUUCAAAGCCCUUACUAAUUAUUUUCUACACCUAAUAACAAUGUGUUUACAUUAUUAUAAAUAGGCUUCCUAUUAUAUGGUCGAGUGAGUCUUGGUUGCUAAAACCCGUAUUUUACGAUGUUAACUCGAACUUCCUCCACUCAACUUCUAGGAGCAUUUUGUUAAGUAUUUUAAAUUGUCAUUUACGUCGUCUACUUGAAGACUUUACUCACUGGUGUCGAGCAUAUCAUACUGCCAACAUAAUGAUACGAAAAUAAUGACGUCAUGCCUCACUGGAAUAAACUCGAGAAAAGCUUGAGGCACUCCCUGAGAAUAUUGAUUUUUAGCUGGGUUCGAGGUCUUCCUUAAGGUCGCCUCAACUGUCGAGUCGAGGAAGGUUUGGGUUAAUAUCUUACAAUACGGGUGUUAUUCUAAAGGGCUUAUUACACCUACCUGUCCGGCAGGCUAGAUGUGUCAAGGUCACGGGUGGUUACCAUAGUUACUCCCCAUCAAUUCGCUCUAGAUCGUGGUUACCAUGGUCACGACCCGCCGAUUUGAUAUUACACUUCACGAUCUGAUCGGGAAACGAGAGUUGGUGAGGAGUAACCAUGGCAACCACCGCGGCGUUGACGCAUGUAGCCUGCCGGACAAGUGGGUGUAAUAAGCUCAGAAGAACCAAUUACCAUGGUUACUCCCCACCAAUUCGCUCUAGAUCGUGGUUACCAUGGUUACGACCCGCCGAUUUGCUAUUACACUUCACGAUCUGAUCGGGAAACGAGAGUUGGUGGGGAGUAACCAUGGCAACCACUGUGGCCUUGACUAUGGGUAUAAUAAGCCCUUAAGACUGUCUUUUCGGAAGAACCAACUUUAUUAGCGAUAGUCGAUAAAGGCGCAAGUUUUGAGAUUGGCGAGUGAACUACCCUAUUUUAUACAGUGGUAAUAUUAGACAUUUAAAUAUUUUUUAUUAGUACGGGCUUUACAAAGAAAUGUUCAAAAUUGAGCUCGAGGGUCGUUUCAUCUAUUUCAGAAGGAAAUUGUUUGUAUAACGAUGACAUCGGGUUUCUAGCGAUGGCUACAGUGAAAUAUAUGAACGAAUGAAUUCAUUGUAAUUAAUACCUAUUGUAUUCACGAGAGAUUGGUCUCAUUCCACGGUAAUAAAACACUAAAUUGUUUUUUAUGAUAAA